UCCUUUUUUUAAAGAUGGCUGCCAGCAAAAUCGUUGUAAAACACGAAUUCCUGCAUGUUUACGCGGAAAUUCUAGACUUACAAAGUUCGAGAGCGAUAAAAAAACGAAAACAUGAUCAAAGCGGACACCCAAAUAUGGGUUCUACGCUACAUAUUGAGGACGACCAUAUCGGUAUUCUAAUAAAAUCUCUCACUUGUCAAGAUGACAAUUCGCGCUUUGACACGGCUUACACUACGAUGCUGACGGAUUGUGAAGACCUCAAGUUCUGCGUGCUCGGUGGAGUUCCAGCCAAAGACAUGUACUAUUUGUAUCAGAAUGUUAUCAACCUCAACGAGAUUUGCUAAAGACCUUUAGAUAAUUCCUGGCAGAGGGCACAAAGCUCUAAAUCACCGACCCUCCCCACUUCUCUGGCACUUUGGGAUGAUAAAAAAAUCGAGUGUGCUUUUAAAAAAUAGUUUAGCAUAUCAACAACGUCUUUAACGCCACUUUUGAUUAUUGUAAAUAUUUUUGCUAUUAUCAAUAUUUAAACUUAGUCACAUGGAUUACAGUCAUGUACUUUGGAAAAACGUUUUCGCGUUUCUGAAAUGUUAAUAGAAAUCUGAGUAACCUUU